UUUGCACGCUUCUAAAUCUGCUUUUAUUGUUCGCUCCUUAGAGCUUUGGCAGUGAACGAGUCAAUACUGCCAGUUAGAACUCUGCGGCUUCCAGCUCUGGAGCUUUUCUUUUCUCACUAUCUGCUGAUGGAAGAGCAAGCUGAUGCUUGGGAUAUCUGUAGCAGCCAAGAAGCAGCUGCUCUGUAGUCCUGAUACACUUCAGAAUUACCUUCUUAGCUUGCAGGGAGCCAGAGCUGCUGCUGAGAUGUGCAUGAUGUCCUUUAAGAAGGAAACUCCUCUUGCCAAUGCUGCUUUCUGGGCUGCGCGGAAAGGAAACCUGGCCCUUCUCCAGCUGUUGUUAAACAGCGGGCGAGUCGAUGUGGACUGCAGAGACAGUACCGGAACUACAGCAUUGAUGGUGGCAUCCUAUGGAGGACAUACCCAGUGUGUGCGGGAACUGGUAUUACAUGGAGCUGACAUAAAUCUCCAGAGAGAGAGUGGUGCUACUGCCCUCUUUUUUGCUGCUCAGCAAGGUCACGAUGAAAUAGUGAAGUUCCUUUUCGAAUUUGGAGCCUCUACAGAAUUUAUUACACGAGAUGGAGGAACGGCAUUACUGGCUGCCUGCCAGCAUGGACACGCCAAAGUGGUUGAGACGCUUCUGAAGAAUGGAGCAAAUAUUCACGACCAGCUUUUUGAUGGGGCAACUUCACUAUUUAUGGCUGCACAGGGAGGGUAUGUGGAUGUAAUACGAUUAUUGCUUACAUAUGGGGCAAAGGCGAAUCAGCCACGCCAGGAUGGAACCACUGCUCUUUGGAUAGCAGCACAGCUGGGGUACAGCGAGGCGGUCAGGGUGCUGCUGCUAAGAGGAGCUGAUCGAGAUGCUUCAAGGAUUGAUGGCACCUCUGCUCUUUUUAAAGCUGCUGCUAAGGGUUUCAGUGAUGUCAUAGAAGAAUUGUUGAAGUUUUCUCCCACACUUGGUGUUCUGAAGAAUGGAUCCACCGCUCUUCAUGCUGCAGUGCUCGGUGGAAGCAUCAAGUCUGUAGCCCUUCUCCUGGAAGCAGGCGCCAAUCCUUCAAUGCGAAAUAAGGCCAAUGAAUUACCAGCAGACCUCACACAAAAUGAACGUAUAUUACGUCUCUUGAAGACAUCAGAAACAAAGUGCAUUCGACCUUGAUUUUCCACUUAUUUAUAUUUAUUUUACCUUAGAAGUAUGUUUUGCCCUGUUAUAUUGCUGCAAGUCUGAUACCCAGCUGGCUCUGUGAAGUGUGCUAAUGUGUAUUAUUUGAUUAAAAAGAUUGUACUUUACUGGA